AUGAAACUAGUUACAGUUCUGUUGCUCGUCGUCGUGGUUCUCUAUGUGGCACAUUCAGUGAAUGCACAGCGUGGUGGGCGUCCUGGAAGACCGCCAGGUAGACCUGGAAGACCGCCAGGUAGACCGGGAAGACCACCAGGUAGAACUACGAGACGAACUACCAGGCGUACUACCAGGCGUACCACCAGGCGUACUACCAGGCGUCCCACCGGACGUACUACAAGACGUACUACCAGACGUACAACUACUAGAAGAACUCGCUGUGUGGAUAUUUGCCCAACCAACGUUGAUCCUGUUUGUGGCACAGUCUUUCGCAAUGGAAGGCUCAUUAAUUGUAAUUUCGGCAAUACAUGCCGACUCCUUUAUCACAGCUGCAUAAAGCGAGAGGUGUGGGUACCAAAUAGAGGUAACUGUGCUCAAAAGUCCAGCAACAGGGACUGUAGCUAAGCUGAGAAAAAAACACGCAUUUACGAGAAGACUUCUUGAAUAAAAAAAAUUUACUUGUCGAAGAAUUUAA